AUGAAGCGCACAACAUUCCUAACGACUUGUUUUCUCAGUGUCGUGUACUCAGCGACAGCACUUCCUAUUCGCCAAAUCUGCCAACGUUCGUCCGACCAACCGCGUCUCUUACACACCUUUUCAUCUUACCCGAUUCUCAGCAGCACAGGCAACCCCCAACUCCACUCAUCUUCCCAACAACCCCCCGAAUCAACCACCGGCGGCGCGACCCUCACCCUGCCCCCUCUUUCCUCCAAUAAUACCAAUUCCACAUCAUCAAGGUCGCUCUCUCUUCGAACGACCUUCCGCAUCCCCCACGCGUUUCCCCCCACAACCGGCCCAACAGCCGGCAACACAGUAGGCCUUUACGCCGCCUCCUUCUGGAUCGGCUUGGACAGCCUCACGCAUCCUGACUGUCUUGCCGCCGUGAGAGCCGGGGUCGACAUCUUCUGGGAUGGGACAUUAGGAGGGGAGUUGGCUCCUUUUGUGUGGUGUCAGUUUGGAAGGGGGCAGGCCGGCGGGAUGCCAGGGUUCAAGGCUGCCGCGGGGGAUGUGGUUAGGUUUUGGGUGGAUGCCGGGGUAGGGGGGUUUGCGGUUGUGGGGGUGGAGAAUUGGGGGCCGGAGGGGAGAGAGGAUGAGGGUCAAGAUGGGGAUGAGGUUGGAAAGAGGGAGGUGAAGAGGCCUAUUUCGGCUGUGAAGAAAGUGUUUAAGAUGGAGGAGGGAGUUGGGAGAAGGCAAAGUGAGGAGAGUGGCCAGUCGGCAUGUGGCCUGGAGGUUGCCUGGAUCGUGGAGGAUUUUCCUCUGGUUGGGGGCCCUGGGGUUCCUGUGGCGCUGGCCAACUUCACUAGCAUAUCAUUUGAGCAGAUCGGAGUGGCUAGAGGCAGUGAAUCUUGGGAUGCGACGGGGGCUGAGGUGCGAGACGUGUGGCUCAAUGCUCAAGGAGGACGGUUGACUCGUUGUAAGGUGGUAGAAGGAAGCGAGGUCAAGUGUUUGCGGGUAGUCGGUGAUCAAUGA